GCGCCGGGGAGGCUCGGAAGGAGAAGUUAUCUAUCAGUGAGCACGGUGCAGGGACUCAGAGCUGUAGUGAGCAGCACAGGGGGCGGCCCGUCCUGGGGCCGGGGAGCCGCAGCGUAUAGCCAGGGGGCGACCCCCCCGUCCGUGCCCACAGUGUACAGCAGCAGCGGCUCCGGGGCAGUGGUAGGGCGGCGGUAUGCGCUGACCAUGCCGAUCUUACUGUUCCUCAUAGACACGUCCGCCUCUAUGAACCAGCGCACUUACCUGGGCACGACGUGUCUGGAUAUUGCCAAAGGCGCGGUUGAGCUAUUUAUGAAGCUGCGUGCCCGGGAUCCGGCUAGUAGGGGCGACAGGUACAUGCUGGUUACAUAUGACGAGCCUCCAUACUGCAUCAAGGCUGGCUGGAAGGAGAAUCAUGCAACGUUUAUGAAUGAGCUGAAAAACCUACAAGCUACAGGACUCAGCACUCUCGGCCAGGCACUGAGAUCCUCUUUUGAUUUACUCAAUUUGAAUAGGUUGGUGUCUGGAAUCGAUAACUAUGGACAGGGAAGAAAUCCAUUCUUUCUGGAGCCUUCCAUUUUAAUUACAAUUACAGACGGCAACAAGCUUACAUGUCCGUCAGGUGUGCAGGAAGAGCUCCAUCUUCCUCUAAACUCACCGUUGCCUGGAAGCGAGCUUACUAAAGAACCGUUUCGGUGGGACCAGAGGUUGUUUGCACUUGUACUUCGCCUUCCAGGCGCAUUCUCUGUGGAGCCGGAACAGCUGGGCAGUGUACCCUCUGAUGAGUCUGCUGUUACUCAGAUGUGUGAAGUCACUGGAGGUCGUUCAUAUUGCGUGCGGACACAAAGGAUGUUAAAUCAGUGUUUAGAAUCACUGGUUCAAAAGGUUCAGAGCGGAGUUGUAAUCAACUUUGAGAAGACUGGCCCUGACCCAGCUCCUAAUGGAGAAGAUGGAGUUACAGAUUCCCUCAGGUCCAUUAAUUCAUUUGCUCAGCAAGCAUGGCAUAACUGUCAUAAACUUAUCUACGUGCGACCUAAUCCAAAAACUGGCGUUCCUGUUGGACACUGGCCAAUCCCUGAAUCCUUUUGGCCUGAUCAGAACUCUCCAACAUUGCCUCCUCGCACUGCACAUCCUGUGGUGAGGUUCUCUUGUGUAGACUGCGAACCAAUGGUCAUUGAUAAGCUACCGUUUGACAAAUAUGAGCUUGAACCUUCUCCGCUAACCCAAUAUAUUUUGGAACGAAAGUCUCCUCACACCUGCUGGCAGGUUUUUGUGAGCAGUAGUGGAAAGUACAGUGAGAUGGGCCAACCAUUUGGGUAUUUAAAGGCCAGCACCACUCUUACCUGUGUGAACCUCUUUGUUAUGCCAUACAACUAUCCGGUAUUACUUCCUUUGCUUGAUGACUUAUUCAAGUUGCACAAACUAAAGCCCAGUCUGAAGUGGCGACAGUCCUUUGAUAACUAUUUGAAAACAAUGCCACCGUAUUUCAUAAUGCCAUUAAAGAAAGCAAUGAGAAUGAUGGGAGCUCCGAAUCUAAUAUCUGAAAGUUUGGAUUGUGGUCUUAGUUAUAGUAUUAUUUCAUAUCUGAAAAAGCUUAGUCAACAGACUAAAAUGGAGUCUGAAAGAAUCAUUACAUCUGUUGGAAAAAAAGUCCCGCAGGAGACGGGAAUUAAAGUAAAAAAUAACUCCACAAGACUGUCUUUAGUACACAACAAAGACUUCAAACAGCUGCUGCAGGGGAUCUCGGGAGAAACCUCUAUCCGACUGUCUGAAAUGAAUGUAAAGGAGUUUCCUGGAUUUCAAAUUGGGCUUUUAAAUAAGGAACUGAAGCCCCAGACAUACAGAAAUGCCUAUGACAUUCCACGCAGGAAUCUCCUGGAUCAGUUGACGAGGAUGAGGACCAAUUUGUUAAAAACUCAUAAACUGAUUGUGGGACAAGAUGAAGACUGUCUACAUAGUGUACCAGUGGCUCAGAUGGGUAACUACCAAGAAUACUUGAAGCUAAUGCCUUCCCCUCUCAGAGAGAUCGAUCCUGAUCAACCCAAGAGGCUUCACACUUUUGGAAAUCCAUUUAAACAGGAUAAGAAGGGUAUGAUGAUUGAUGAAGCUGAUGAGUUCGUUGCUGGACCUCAAAAUAAGAUAAAACGUCCUGGCGAGGCCAACACUCCAGCGUCCCUCAAGAGAAGGCGAAGUAUGUCUCCCCUGCUGCUAAGACGACCCCUGACUCCUCCUAUCAUAAGCAAUCAUGUAGGGGGGAAAGGUCCCCCUGCAGCUCCUGGCAGCCCGGUUCCACACAACCUCAUCAAGCCUAUUGCCAUACACAAAGAUGCCAAUAACAUAGUGACUCCAGAAGGAAAUGGAGAGAGAACAGACAAUGGUCAGACUGUGGAAAGACAAAUAGAUGGACUGUCACCACUAAUAAUCCCUGCUGCUUUGGAUGAUGGCGAUUUGCUGCCUAAUAACUUUGAUUCUGUUACGGAUGAACUAAAUUGCUUAAAUGAGGAUAUCUUAGACCACAAGCCUGUUAACAACACACUUAUUAAGGCUCAUUUGGAUAGCUAUAUGGCUCUGGAGGAUUCCCUUGUGACUCAGGGAUGUACAUCAGGAAUGACUUCGCCAAACUCACUGCAGGAAAUGCAAACCAUUAUCAAUGGGACAAAUGCAGAUAUUAAGAUCAGGGUCAUGAAAGAAGUACGGAAACCGGGAAGAAACUAUGAAAAAAUCUUUGCUCUCCUUGAAGAAGUGCAAGGACCAUCUGACGUACAAAAGACUUUUAUUGAAUUCACGAUGAAGGAAGCUGCAAGGUUUAAAAAGAGAGUGUUAAUACAGCACUUGGAAAGAUUUCUAUCCGAACUGGAUUCCAACGGUCUGCCAAACAUUGUGAAUCAUGUCAACAGCAGAUAACAGUCUGCUUGGAAGACCAUGAGGACCAGGGAUGAGUUUGCUGUCGCAGAAGAAAGAGAGAGGACAUGGUGACCUCCAACACCUUGCAUCUCGGGACACUUUCUGGCCAGAGACAGAGGACAAGAGACGGAAUGACAGGUUUAAGAAGCUGCUCUAGGCUUCAGGACUUACUAUGAACUGUGAGGCUUUUUCUGUGUGGAGGGUGCUGCCCGCAGAGCAGGCUGGAAAUGAUAACCCUUGGUGGCCCUCCAACAGGUGAUGAAUGUACUUAUUUGUCAGUAAUACACUAUUGUAAUGCAGUAGAGAGCACUUGAGGGAGCGAGAGGCAAAACAAUGCUCUAGCACAGGUCAGCACCUUGAUCAGUGGAAGUUAAUUGGUGAUGGUCCAGGUGGCGUUCAACUUUUGAGUCCCGGCGUGCCUGGACACAGUGACAGUCAUUCAUUGGCAAACAACUGGGCAUGCUAGGUCUCGUCGUUCGACUUCUGGAGCAUCGCUAAUUUGCUGUCUCUGAUCUAGGUGGUGAGCUCUGCAUGGCGCAUCUACGAGUACAUGAGGUAGCUUGUCCCAUUUUCAGAAUAGACUGACAUUUUGUUUUGAGGGACAUUAAAGACAGCCAUGUGUCUGUAUCCCCCCUAUGGGUCACUAAACAAACUACCUCAGACUCUCUUCUGUUUUGUCUGCAGACUUUAAGAAAGUGCACCUGAGACUCCCCAGGUCCCCGACUUCUUUCAUCCUGUGAGCAGGACGGAGACUCGUCAGGUGGCCUUGCACUCGCUGUGCUUUGGAAGCACUAGAAAAGGAGAACUCCUUUUUUCAUUUUUUUUAUAAUUUUUUUUUUUUUUGUGUACUUUUAAUGUUUGUACAGAAAACAUAUUUUGGACAGUAUUGUUAUUAGCUCUGUAUUUUUGUGACAUUUUAACUUGUAUAUAGAGGUUUUGGUCUUGUACAUAAAUAUAUUAUAUACAUAAAGAUAUAUAAUAAAGCUUUUUUUUUUUCUUUUUUAUUAAAUUCAAA